UGUGCAAAAUGUGUGUGUGGCGCGUGACCAUAGUUUGUGCGUACAUUUAACUUGUUUCGAGGGUUGCUGUAAAGUGUACUGCUAAAAGUUGAGUGUGGAUUUUGGGGGCAAACAAGAAAUAAAAUGGAGACAGGAGCUUAUGGAGCUGGUAGAGCAUCUAGUGCAGGGUUCGACCACAUAGCGUUCGUCAAGAAACCACAAGUCAUUCUUAGAGCGGUUGCAUGGCUGUUUGCCAUCAUUGUGUUUGGCUGCAUUGCAAACAAAGGCUUUGAUACCGGUUAUGGUCAAUGCGUCUUCAACAAUGAUACCAAUGCCUGUAAUUUUGGUGUGACCGUAGGCGUCGUUGCCUUCCUUGCUUGUAUGGCAUUCUUGGUGGUGGAUGCUCUCUUUGAUAACAUGAGUAAUGUUCAGUAUCGGAAAUACGCAGUAUUGGGUGACCUUGUAUUCUCAGGUUUCUGGCUGUUCAUGUGGUUUGUGUGUUUCUGCUAUCUUGCUGAUGCAUGGAGGAAGAUGAAUCGUGGUGUUGUUAUAUAUUUUGGUCAGCCAAAGGCCGCCAUCGCUUUCAGUUUUUUCUCUCUCAUUCCAUGGACUGGCUUGACCAUUCUAGCCUUCAUGAGGUACAGGCAAGGUUCCCAGGCAGCCUUCUCACAGAACUACGAGCCUGACCCCAACAUGGCCCAGUCAGGCAUGCCAGGUGGGCAGUCUGGCUCUGAUUCCUACCAGCAACCACCAUUUGCUGAGAAGAGCAGUAUACCGGAUUCACAGUUCCAGACCCCAACAUACUGAGUCACAAACUCUUUGACAGCCAGAUGGAAUUAAAGAACAGAGUCCCUGCGCUAUGGUUAAAGGCACUGGACACCGUUGGUAAUUACUCAGAAUAA